CUCGGACGCACGUGAUGAGCCGGCGCCGGCCACGUUGGGAUAUUACAUGCCAUUCGGAAGGUACGAGGAUAUGAAGCUCAGUGAUCUGACUGGAGGGUCUGCCCAAACGUCACGUGUACCGAAGGUCGACUCACGGCUUCCACCUCGAGGGAAAAAUGGCGAAAGCCGUCUAUCUCAUAGCCCACGGACGCACGACGACGGGUCUGACUUCAACCGAGCGAGUGCAUGGCUAAUCAGUAGCUCUGUGGAGUACAUAAACGCUCCUGCUGUGCCAUAUUGAACGUGAAGAGUCGACUGACUCCCCAGUGUCCAACUCUGGUAGUAGUCUUAGACAUCAGCUGCUCAUUGAGAACUGCUUUCUUUGAUCGAGUGAGGCAGAGGGGAGGCCAUCAGCUCCGAAGAACUCCAUUCGAUCAGGACAAGAACAUUCAGAAAGAAGGUCACAGACAGCGAAUUUUCCCCAGCGAGAAGUGGCAGUAGCCCCGGCAGUAGAGAAGGGAAUCUUUUUCUACUGUAACUGUCUGGUUUUCCAAGACAAUGUCUGAGCAAGUGAAGCUCCUCAGUGAGGGGCCCAGCUGCCAAGGAGUCCCGGGCAAGAGGCUCACAAUUCUGAGCGUCGAUGGAGGUGGAGUGCGUGGAGUCAUCCCAGCAGUCUGCCUCGAGUAUUUGGAGAAGCAACUACAGGAACUUGAUGGACCCGAAGCAAGGGUUGCAGAUUACUUCGAUAUCGUUGCGGGGACCAGUACCGGAGGUCUCAUAGCGUCCAUGCUGACAGCCCCGAAUGAGAACAAGCGUCCGAUGAUGACGACGACGCAAGUGAAGCAGUUCUAUCUCGACAGGUCGAAGGAUAUCUUUGGCUUGCGAAACGGACUUAGCUUCUUGCCAGAUAUGUUGGGGUCUCUUCUCCGUCGUUCACCUAAAUACAAAGCAGAUAACUUGAAGAAAAUGCUGGAGGAAGAAUUUAAGGAUUUGAGAAUAAAGGAUGCGGUAACCGAUGUUCUGCUCACCACGUUUGACGCUUACACUCAACAACCUGUAUUCUUUGACAAACAAGCGGCGACGAGAAAUUUUAAAGCAAACGCAAAAUUGCGAGACGCUUGUUUGGCGACGGCAGCAGCGCCUACCUAUUUUCCUGCCCAUAAUUUCAAGGUACCUUACCCAGAGGACAAAAUCUCUCACUCGGGCACGGACGUAGCUGAGUACCACCUGGUCGACGGAGGAGUGGUUGCAAACAACCCUACGGAUGUUGCCAUUCUGCACGCAAUCAAGGACCUCCGUCUUGGAGAUUCACCCCACAAAGAACGAAUGCCCAACUUCAAGGGUUACCAAGAUCUACUGGUCUUGUCUCUGGGCACCGGGGCCAGGACAGUGACGUACAAAGCGAGUGACAUCAACGUAUGGUCAGAUUUGGACUGGGUUAGCAAACCUGGGCAGCCCAUCGUCCAAAUGCUCAUGAACAGCAGUGCCUACCUGGUUGACUACGAUAUCUCCAUACGCUUCCAGAUCGACGGAGUCAAGGAGAAUUACUUGAGGCUGGAGUCGGGUGAAAUCGAUGAGAAUACAGUGGCUAUGGAUAAUGUAAAGCCGGAGAACAUGAAAAAGCUUGUCGAACUGGGCAACAGCUUGCUUGCGAAAAAGCCCAAGUUCCGGAACGCCAUCACCGGAGCCUUGGAGGAAGUACCUGAUUUUGAAACAAAUAAAGAAGCCCUGGAAAGCUUCGCCAGAUGGUUGGUUGAGGAAAAGAGGGCUCGAGCCUAGUCCAGCCCACGGGCUUGCAUUGCAGAUAAAUCUAUCAGUUCUCACGGGCCGCUCGCUUUCCACGGCUUAGCAUCACUUUUAUAUAUCACAUGAUUGCCGUCCCCGUCAGUACGUGAGAACGAUGGAGAACAGAGUUAAGUACAGUAAAACAGGAUUUCUCUGGAUUGAACCCUUGCAGGACGAGACUUCGUCACUAACAUCCUCUGAGGAACAGCGUACGACAACUGUUGAUAUACGAGGCAUUCUUAGUGUUCUGGCGCAUGAUAAAGGGCCCAAACUACUACCUCAGUACUGUUCGACCUUUACAUCAUGCCAGACGCCACUUUUGACUUAGAUUUUAUAUGUUAGUUACGUGACUGAGACUUUGAACUACGUGCUCCCCAUAUGCUGUAGCUGAUGUUAAUACGGUUUUGACCUUGUUUAUAAUAGCUUGAUCACAAUCAUGAUCCGAGUACGGUUGAUGACUUUGGAAGUACGAAAGAAUUUGGUCAGAAGAUGACAGAGCUCACACAUGGGAAUCUGAGUGUUGAGAAACCAGUUGCUACAGUUCUAGCAUGUUGAAAGUUGUAUCGAGCUUUAAUGAGUAUUACAGCGUCUGAAAGUAGAAGGAGUGUCUUUGUUUUUGUGCUGCCGAGAAGCGGUUUCAAGCCGUUUAGAUCCUCGUUCGUUGGACGACCAGACGAGCUUCACUAUCUAUUGUACUAGGCUGACUUCGUCAUGGUGGUACAAGGGGGAAAGUUUUGAGGAGGAGGAUUCAAAGUGGAAAAAAAAUAUCAAUUUUUCUUACGGUACUUCCACUCGCUUGUGCUUUUUCCACCGAGAUAAUAUGAACAUGUUCGAACUGCUAUUCCAUGUAGUCAUGCGCG